CAACCUCCCCCCCUCCCCCACCACCCCCGGAGGAUCCGAUUCCAUACCAUACCAUACACUGCGACUCCCCCCGACGGAUCUCUUCCUCCUCUAAGGUCAACCACACCUCCGACAGGAAUACUCUCCGGAUCGAACGCAUACGUACUACCUACGUACAAUCACACAAGUACAUUCGAGAUGGGUCAAUUACUGGUGCUUUCCCUUGCGGUAUCUGCAGGCCUCGGGACAUGUCUUCACGGUUACAAUUCCGGCGUGAUAUCCCACAUCAUCGCGAAUCCACAUUUCAACAACUUCUUCGGGACCGAAUCAGCUUCGCCCAUCUUGGGCGCCGUGGUGUCGGUAUUCUCGGGUGGCGCUGUGGUUGGGUCUGCGGGGAGCGGGUUUCUGCUGGAUACCUAUGGACGGAGAUUUACAAUACAGACUGGCGCUGUGAUAUCGAUCCUGGGAGUCAUGUUGCAGGCGUCGGCCACGAACCUCACCAUGAUGCUGAUCGGACGCAUCGUGUCCGGAUUUGCUAUCGGAAUGAUGUCGGUGGGAGUGCCCAUAUAUCUGUCCGAGUGCGCUUAUCAUACUUCGCGAGGCUUCUUGACGGGUUUCUGUCAGCUCAUGAUCUUGAUGGGCUUCGUCGCAUCGUCAUGGGUCGGAUAUGCCGCGCACAACGUCCCCAACGCCGAAAACAACGCCUUCACGUGGCGGUUCCCGAUCGCGAUCGCCGCGAUUCCCGCCGUCUUCAUCGCAUUCGCCCUCCAAUGGCUCCCCGAGUCGCCGCGAUUUCUGGUUCGCCAGGGAAUGACGGAACAGGCUUACAAAUCCAUGAUGAAGCUGUACCACGACGGCACGAAUCGCGAGGUUAUCCAGCGGAGUAUCCAGGAGAUGUCGCUGCAGUGGAAACGGGAGUGCCAGAUCAUGCCGGCGAUGAGCGACUGGGUCGUCAUGUGGAAGGUGCCCAAGUGGAGGGCCAGGGUGCUCAAUGCUAUCCUGCCAUCAGUGUUUACGCAGUUGACUGGAAUCAACAUCAUCACGUAUUACCAGAACCAGAUGUUCACGGGACUGGGGCUGUCGGAUCGGGGCGCGCUCAGGUUUACGGCGCUGUACCAUACGGUAGCUCCGAUUGCGAUCAUCGUCUUUAUGCUCUUCGUCGUCGACAGUGUCGGACGAAAGAAACCGAUGCUCUACGCAACGCCGUUCUUGGCGAUGCUGUUCAUCAUCUUUGCGGUGCUGAGCUCGCACAACCCCGAUGGGACCAACAAGUCGGCGUCCUCGGCUGGAAUCGGCAUCAUGUUUGUAUUCAACAUUGUCUUUUGUAUGUCGUGGGGUCCGGUUGGCUGGACAUAUAUGAGUGAAGUCAUUCCGCUGCGCAUCAGGGGCAAAGGAGGCGCCCUCGCCGUCGCCGUCGGAAACUGGACCAUGAACGUCCUCGUCUCGCAGAUCUCUCCGCAAGCAAUGGAGGCGAUCACGUGGAAAUACUACAUCGUCUACGCAGUCUUCAUGCUGAUCGUAACCCUCCCAACCGUCUGGUACGCCGUCAAAGAGCCCAAAGGCAUGUCGCUCGAAGCAAUGGACCAGCUGUGGGAGGAGCCAGAGAAGCCGGCGACAGCAGACUCGAUACAUAGCAUCGAGAUGGCGAAGCGGCGCGGGUUCUCGUCGGGGCCUGACACGUCGCUUGGUGGCGCGAGUCGGGUGUAGUCAAAAUUUCCUACCGUUUACGUUUUAUCUCCGAGAAUCUUCGAUAUCCCUUUCGGUA